ACGACGUCCGCGUCUCUGGACAUCCGCUAGUAACCGACUUGUCGAAAUAGUUAUGAAUGUGAGCCAGUGCGAACUAACUGCAAUCACCUAGCCGUGAGCGUUUGCAACGAACGCGUACUCAGGACAGCGGCCGCGAGAUAGAUCGAAACGAAUUUGCAUACAAAAGAGAUACAAAAAAAAAACAACACUUCUAAAAAUUCCUUGAUGGAUUAUAAAUUUGUUAAUCAAAACUAAGAUCUUUAAAAAUUACGUAUACGCAUUAUCAAUGAUCUAAUGAAGCAGUAGUGAAGUGAAAAGAGCCGAUCGUGAAAGUUUAUUUAUUAGCUUAAACGUUUUCAGAGGCAACGGAUAUUUACCGUGUAUCGUAAAAUGACCACAGAUUUCAGAAAGACGCGACCCAGUUAUGGCGAUCGAUAGCAAAAUUUUGGAAAACAACAAGUCUGCAGAUAAAAUACUUAAUAGCAGUGACUUAAAUGGAAGUAACAUAAUUAGUCAUAGUAUUAAGAACAACAAAAAAGACGGGGAAAAUGAACCCAAAGAUGAUUCCGAGAACUGGGAAGGGCUCGGGAUUUUGCAAAAAACAAGGCGUAUGAUUUCUCUAAUUACUGUUGAACCUAUUUUGGCUUGUUACGUAAUGCCAUCGGUAUUAGCCGCAUUAGCCACACAGAAUCUAUAUUUAGAAAAAGCUUGUCGAGUCAAUCUGAGGUUUGAACACCACGUGUGUGAUGCACUUACGAGACGAGAAACAACAAAUUACACUUUCGAAGAAGAAGCCGUCCAAACAUUAGUGGCUUCUGUAACAGGCUGGAAGACUGUUCUACAAUCGUUCUUGCCUUGCUUCAUAUUAAUAUUCCUCGGAGCGUACAGUGACCGAGUUGGGCAAAGGAAAUUUUGCAUGCUCCUUCCAAUCGUAGGGGAGUUCCUCACAAGCAUCGGUCUCAUUGUGAACACAUACUUCUUCUACGAGUUGCCCGUUGAGGUUGCGGCCGUGACAGAAGCAAUAUUCCCCGCAUUAACCGGAGGCUGGUUCACGAUGUUUAUGGGGGUGUUUAGUUACAUUGGUGACGUUACGACCGAAGAACAACGGACUUUAAGGAUAGGAAUUGUGAAUUUGUUUCAUUCCGUGGGAGUACCUGUUGGGGCUGCGCUCAGCGGGAUUUUAGUGAGGAAAAUCGGAUUAUACGGUGUGUUUUCCGUUAGUGCUACUUUGUACAUACUAAGCUUCAUGUAUGGAUUCUUCAGGAUCAAGGAGGUUAAAAAAAUUGAUCCAUCUGUGAAACCACCAAAGAACUGUUGCCAUUGGCUUCGUGACUUCUUCGAUACAAAGUAUGUCAAGGAAACAUUGAUGGUGGCGUUCAAGAAAGGUCCUAAUAAUAGAAGACUACGAGUCAUAAUGCUGGUCGUGGUGCUCUGUGUUAUCAUUGGACCCAUAUAUGGGGAGAUGUCCGUUGUGUACCUUUACACUAGAUUCAGGUUUAAUUGGAAUGAGGUUGACUUCAGUAUGUUCUCAACGUACGCUAUGUGCACUUCAUUACUAGGAACCCUAUUUUCGGUCGGAGUCUUCAGCCACGUUAUGAAGUUAGACGAUGCUAUAAUUGGAGUGAUUUCCUGCACAAGCAAAAUACUAGCUGGAUUCAUGUACGCUUUUGCAACGAAAACAUGGCAUAUUUACUUAGCACCUUUAAUUGAAAUAUUCAACGGAACAUCGUUCAUAGCUAUGAGGUCAAUGAUCUCGAAGUUGGUGGAAAGGGAUGAGUUAGGAAAAGUGAACUCCUUCUUCGGUCUCGCCGAAGCGAUGAUGCCACUCAUUUAUGCUCCAAUGUAUACGACGGUCUACACGGCUACGAUUAAAUCUUUCCCGGGAGCUUUCUUCUUACUCGGAGGGGGUCUCACGACGCCAGCCGUUCUCAUUUUUAUGUGGCUCUACCUAGCGAACAAGAAGUACAGUAAACGACAAGACCCCAAGAUCGAGAAGCCAAUCGAGAUUAAAGCCUCCGAAAUGUUAGAGAAAUCUGGCGUCGACAACAAAGCAUACGUGGCGGACAGUGAAGCAAACAAACAGGAAAACAUGGAAAAGCAACUAAAUGUUCCCGAAACUUCUAUAGAAAACGUCAACCAAUCUCAAAUCGAAAUGGGAUUUACUGAGAGUAUGCUCUGCAACAGUAAAAUACAGCAUUAACAAAGGACCAAUUUUCUUAAUUUCUUUUGCCAUCAGUUUUUUAUGACAAGUUAAAAUGUGUUCGUUUAACCUACUUUCGCGUAGUAAUGACACAACGGAUCCACAUAAUUUUUGCUGUUUUUUUUUUUCUGGGAGCACAGUAUGUUGGAAUACCGGAUUAAUAGGUACCAAUAACUUAAGUAUUUCUCGAAGUAAUCUUUGUAAAAUAGAAUUGAAAUUUCGAUCUCAAAACUCAAGAUAGGUGGCAGCAUCACGUUCUCAUAUCUAUGGGCUCCAGUAUCCACUUUACACCAGGUGAGCCAAGGAAUAUGUAGACGUCUAAAAUAUAAUUUAAAAAAAAAUCGAUUGAGUGGCAGCAACACAUGACUUAAAUUAAUUCAGGAAACAUGAUAUUGGAAACAUGAUGGAAUCAUAAUUACAAAAAAAGCGGGUGAAACCGCGGAGGGCACCGAUUUUCUAAUAAUAAACAAUAUUUUGUUAAAGUUUUGUGCGUAUUGUGUACUGUUUUCUGCGUUAGUGAUAUUUGAUUUAAUUAGUAUUUUAAAUGCAAAGGUAUCGAUGGUACAUGUAUAAAUGAGUAAGUACGGUACAUACGUACGGUACCUACCCACCUUUGCUAUUUUAACGUAAUGUUUGAUAUUAGAAGAAAGUCAUCGGAGUGGAGAUUCAGUAUAGUUUUAUUUUUUCACCUUGAAAGACGAAGGUAUCAGACAAUACAGCCUAAUCUUUUGUAUAUUCUGUUUUAUGAAAAAAUAUAUGGAGCGAAAUGAAAUGAGGGUAAUUAAUUUCAGACAUUAAUUGGGAUGAAAUUAAAUGAAACGAGAUGAUAAGGGAUUAAAUCUAAUCAAAGUAAAAUGACGGUUAUUUAAUGAGACCUUUUCAGAGGAUUUUUUGGAAGAUCCCGACCAGCUACGUCCUGCGGCUUUGUUUCAUUUUCCUACAAUUGUGCACUUUAAAAAUACUAAAUAGUUAAUAAACCACUUUCGUUAAACGCUAAAGCCAAAUUAAAAAAAAAAAAAACAAAGCAAUUCAUAAUUUGCUCCUCACAUAACCGCCAAAAAGACUCAUUGAAUAUUUAUGUGUAAUUUUACAAAUGAAAUGUUUUAUUGUAAAUUGAAAAGAUUUUCAAUACUUGUUUUAUUAAUUUUGUGAUCAAACAACAUUCCUAUUUUAUUUUUUAGAUUUAAUUUGUAAAUAUGCAGCUAUGUAACAAGUGAUAUAAUAAUAAUUUACAGAAUGAUCACCACACUAUGAAUGUGAUCAAAAUUGGAACCGUCUGUCCUAUUUCUAAGCAUAUUUUUAAAAAUUUUGAGACAACAAAAAAAUAUAUCGAAAAUAGUAGAUAUUUAAAAACCUAUUAAUAAAUUUUCUCACUCACAUGAACAUGUCGAUACUUUUGUAAGUAAACAAUGCGAUUACAUACUAUAAGUAAACAUUGAUUCAUUGAUUGUAAAAUAGGUUAGAAGAAUAUUAUAACAAUAAUUUAAACCGAUAAUUUAAUAAUUUGUUUUUCCUUGUUAUACUGUUGGCUUAAUACCGCCUCUUGUUUAAUCGUUUACAAUCUAUGCUAUUGUCUUCACAUUAAUUUAAAUGUGCGUUACUCACAUUAUAAAAGAACCCUUUUGUAAUCAGAGGCGGUAUACAAGUGCCCUACAAGUUUUUUUCUGUAAGACUGAAAUGUUUAAAUUUCUACGCAUAAAAAUAAUUGGGAUCUUCUUUUUUUCUAAAAUUCCCGACAUAUGAUCAGUGUUUCGACAUUUAAGUAGUUUUAAGUCUUCGGUUGUAUACGAACUCGUAGAAAAACUGAAUUGUAACAUUAGGCAACAGAUUUGUGUACUUAGGUUGAAAUGUAUCUAUAGUUAAGUUUUAUAAAUAAUACUUACCUCAUAGUGAUGCUAUAUUAUGUACCUAAGUGUGAAUAAACAAACUUUUUUAAAUCUGAUGUAAAUAA